GGAAUCAACAAAUCCAAUUCUAAACAGCUUUGUGCGACGCCUAGGCUUUUGGGUUUUCUCGUUUCUCGGUGGUUUUAGGUUUUAGAUCCGCUAGACCGCCGCCGGCCGCCAGAUCCCCUACUCCGCCCCGCCCCGCCAGCGACCCGGAGCUCCAAGCGCCUCCCCAAACCGCCCGGCCGAGUCCGUCGUCCCCAGCUCGCAGCCGCACAUCACCGUGCGUCUCCUCCACAGCAGAACGCCGGCGGCCGGAUCUGCAGCUUCCUGCCCCUGACCUACCCGUCCUUCUGGCCAGCAUCCUCCCCGACCACGAUGCGCAACGGGGCGGCGUUCUGGAACCAACAUGACACCGAUGUUUUCUGCGAGAUAUGCAAAGAAGAGAUCGACGCGGGCAACACAACGGUCGACGGGUGCCUGAAUGCCCAGGGUUACAGUAACCUCCAGCUCAAAUUCAACGAUAUAACCCAGAGAGGGUAUGUUAAGGAGCAUUUCAAGUAUAGAUGGAACUCGCUCAAGUACCAGUACACGAGGUUCACAAAUCCGCCGGACAACUUAUCUGUGUUGGAAGAACUAUUCGGGAAGGCACAUGUCGGUAAAUUGCUCGACAUCCCCUUAGUAGAGGACUUGGGUGAAGGUGAGCAGGAGACUGCUCGAGUUGGCAUUGGCAGCUCGGACGAGGAUGCUGAACUCACACUAUCUGGCAUGAGGAAACCAAGCUUGGCGAAGUGUAAGGUCUCCUCCCCAGUGGUCCAUGUGUUGACGAUGAAGGAGGGCGAGGACCCGCUUCUGCUGGAGUACAAAAAGGAGAACUUCGGCGAAGACAAGCAGGAGGCUGCUCGAAUUAACAUUGGCAGGUCGGAUGAGGAUGCUGAACUCACACUAUCUUCCAUGAAGAAAACAAAUUUGGGGAAGCGCAAGGUCUCCUCCCCGAUGGGUGAUAUGUUGACAAAGGAGGACAACAAACCACUUCUGCUGGUGUACAAAAAGAAAGACUUAGGUGAAGACAAGGAUGAGGCUACUCAGGUUAGUGUUGACGGCUCAGACGAGGAUGCUGAACUCCCAACAUCUGCCAUGAGGAAAUUGAAACUGGUAAAGCGUGAGGACUCCUCCCCAACGGUUGCUGCUGCGUCGAUGACGGAGGACAAGCACCUGCUUCCAGGGAACUACAAAAAGGCACGCAAUGAUGAUCGUACUGCAACCGCUGAUGCGUUUUCUUGCGAUUCUGGCACGGUCCCGACUAUGAGGGAAGCAGUAAGGCUCAUUCGGGAAUGCGGAGUAUCAGAAGCAACCGACCUCUUCUAUACAGCCACCAGGACCGUUGUCAUGAACCCCGAGUACAGAGAGUUGUUUGCUCUUAUCAGAACAAGAGAAGGGAGGCUCGAUUGGCUCCAGAGGGCGCACGACGAAUACGCCAUGCGUGUACAUCUUUCUGCUAGUAAAUGACAGGGACUCCUGAUUACCAUCUUUGGUCUAGCUAGAUGACACAUGACAGUGACGCAUUAUUACUUCAACGAGGUCUCUGUGACGCAGCACGUGCAAGCGUCUCCAUUGUCUACUACUGAUGCAUGCAUUAUCUAUCUAUCGUCCAAUAUAUUUUUGUCCGUACUCGAUCAGUUCUACAACUUUGGUUGACAAAAUAUAAUCACCUUAAUUUA